CGGUGUUUGUCUUGCUCAGGAACACAUGCUUGGUGUCCUUCUUGUGUUGUUAAAACUCAUCAACACAACCCCUUCCACAACCUUCAACUCUGGAAUGGCAGGUUCUACGAGACUACUACCCUGCAGGCUCAAGGGUAUAUAAUGUAUCUUGGCCAUGGGGGGGAACCAUGCCCCAAUAUCUCACAUCAGCCAGACCCAUCUCCCUGGGAAGAUCUUGGGGCCAUGAAAUAUGUGUUUGCACAGGAGGAGGGGGAUACAAUUAAUGAUACACAGUUAGGAGUAUCUAACCUGGUCAUUGUGCACUCUACUGGUGUUUACUCACACAGUGUAUCAUGGUGCCAGUGUCCUGGAGCUGAGAAGGCACAGCAUCUCCAUCUCAUGAAAGCAAGGUUAUUUCCUGCCAGUAUCACUCGCCCUCAAUCUGCUUUCACAUUCGAUGUCCUGGAUAACUUCCUCAUAGACGCUUUGGAGUGCAAGACUUCAGCCAUGAGUUUCUAUCAAAAGCUCUGUCGGUUCACGAACAAUGCAUUCCCUGAUAAAAUACCGGACCGUUACCGUGAACUUAUGCGAGUGUCACGUAUAUGGUGGGAUUUGGUUAAUAGAAAAAGGUUUGGGUUUGGACAUGACACUGAACGAUCCCCUGGUCCAGGGGAUUUAGCCCUUUAUUGCCCAGCAUGUCCGCAGCCUGGAAUCAACUUGCCGACGUCUUGGAGAUAUGACUAUGAAGAGUGGUUAGUUAUGCAAAGAUAUGUGGUCGAUGGAAAUUUCACAGCACAACAUAUGAAAAUGAAAAUUCCGGAAGACAAUGUUUCUCUAGCAGAUGGAAAGGGAUACAUGGUAACAGAGGGACCUUAUCAAGCUCACAUCCAUGAUUCUAAAUCUACUUGCAGCAAUCAUCGGGCAGUGAAUGCAGCAAACAUCCAAAGAAGCAACCUAAUAGCUACAGGGGUUGGGGCAACAGCAUGUGCUAGGCAUGGAUGCUUUGUUCCUCAUGCAGUGGUAGACUUCCAAAAGGGAGAGCGGCACAUGAACAUGGACUAUUCCAUUUGCAAUGCAGUGAAAUAUAUGCCCGAACAUAUUGGCAGUGCACUCAUCAUCUAUGAUGUUGCAUGUCAGUGGAGUAUUCACUUUGCUGAACGGGUGGACCAGAGCUAUCAUCUGUCCCUUCCUGAGGGGACUGAAAUAUUGCCCACAAUUGGCAAGUUUCAUUUGAGUGCACAUAAGCUUCAAUGCUUUCCUAGGUUCAGCCUGAAUUUUAUGACUGGAGCUGCACAUAUUGAUGGGGAAAUAUUGGAGACACUCUGGGCUCCUUUCAACAAGAUUUCCCCCACUGCGAGAUCCAUGUCUUUGGCUCACAGACAGGAAGUAUUGGAUGACCAUAUGCGGGAUUCCAAUUGGAAGAAGCUGUCAUUACUCAAAAAGUAUCGCCAAGCCCUACAGGGUAUUAGUGACACUCAGGGUCCAUACGAGGAAUUAACCAGAUCACUUGAUUUGGCUGAUGUUCAGGAGUGGAAAAAGGCAGCCAAAAAAGCAGCUCAGGACCGUGGAGAGCUUCUUGACAUCUAUCAGCUUAAAAUGGACAAAGCACCCACUAUGGCUGAAAUACGUCUCAGAUUGACCAAAAAUGAACUAUCUGCUAAUGGUAGGACUGGGUCUGUUGCAUGGUUGAUUGAUGGUAUAAAUAUAGAAAAUGCUCAUAUGGAUGAUCCAGAGGAAGAGGAUAUUUUUGACCUUGAGGGUAAUACUGACUCACCUGCAGAAGUACCCGAGAUUUGGAUGCCAUCAUGGGCAGCCUCUGGUCACAUCAUGGAUGAUGUUGUCUUGGCAUUACGUCAAGAAGAACUUGAGCUUCGAAAGGGUCAAGCAAAUGACUGCCUGGAAAAGCUCCGUCAAGCCCUGGGUGAUAGAUCAGUUGUGUUUCGGGAGAAAAUACACUCCAACAAAUCAGUCCAUCACCAGGGCACUAGAUCUAAAAGGGAACUUCAAAAGAUAACUCUCUCCAUCAACAGACAGGCCCGAGGUUACAGCUGGGCAAGGGCUGCAAUGCUCCGCCUAGGGGCUGACUCUGAUACAGUGGCAGUGUAUCAACCCCUAAAGCCUUAG